GCCACCUUACCCCCAGGUCUACAUCACUGUGCUGGACGAGAAUGACAACAGCCCUCGGUUUGACUUCACCUCCGACUCGGUGGUCAGCCUGCCUGAAGACUGCCCUGUGGGCCAGCACGUGGCCACCGUCAAGGCCCAGGACCCGGACGCCGGCAGCAAUGGGCAGGUGGUCUUCUCCCUCGCCUCUGGCAAUGUUGCUGGGGCCUUUCAGAUCAUCACCACCAACCAUUCCAUUGGUGAAGUGUUUGUGGCCAAGCCCCUGGACAGAGAAGAGCUGGACCACUACAUCCUCAAGGUUGUGGCAUCCGACCAUGGCACCCCUCCACGGAGGAAAGACCACAUCCUGCAGGUGACCGUCCUGGACAUCAAUGACAACCCCCCAGUGAUUGAGAGCCCCUUUGGGUACAAUGUCAGUGUGAACGAGAACGUGGGUGGGGGAACCGCUGUGGUCCAGGUGAGAGCCACUGACCGGGACAUCGGGAUCAACAGCGUACUGUCCUACUACAUCACUAAAGGCAAUGAGGACGUGACCUUCCGCGUGGACCGUCUCAGUGGCGAGAUCGCCACACGCCCCGCCCCACCUGACCGUGAGCGCCAGAGCUUCUACCACCUGGUGGUCACCGUGGAGGAUGAGGGCACCCCCACCCUGUCGGCCACCACUCACGUGUACGUGACUGUCGUGGAUGAAAAUGAUAACGCGCCUGUGUUCCAGCAGCCCCACUAUGAGAUCCUACUGGAUGAGGGCCCGGACACAAUCAACACCAGCCUCCUCACCAUCCAAGCACUGGAUCUGGAUGAAGGGCCCAAUGGCACAGUCACCUACACCCUUGUCGCAGGCAACAUCAUCAACACCUUCCGUAUCAACAGACACAUGGGUGUUAUCAGUGCUGUCAAGGAGCUGGACUAUGAGAUCAGCAAUGGCCGCUACACGCUGCUUGUCACUGCCACGGACCAGUGCCCCAUCUUGUCCCACCGCCUCACCUCCACCACCACGGUGCUUGUGAACGUGAAUGACAUCAACGACAACGUGCCUACCUUCCCCCGAGCUUACGAGGGGCCAUUUGAUGUCACUGAGGGCCAGCCAGGGCCCAGAGUGUGGACCUUCCUGGCUCAUGACCGAGACUCAGGGCCCAAUGGGCAGGUGGAGUACAGCAUCAUGGACGGAGACCCUCUGGGGGAGUUUUUGAUCUCUCCCGUGGAGGGGGUGCUGCGGGUCCGGAAGGAUGUGGAGCUGGACCGUGAGACCAUUGCCUUCUACAACCUGACCAUCUGUGCCCGCGAUAGGGGGGUGCCCCCACUCAGUUCCACGAUGCUGGUAGGGAUUCGGGUGCUGGACAUCAACGACAAUGACCCCGUGCUGUUGAACCUACCCAUGAACAUCACCAUCAGUGAGGACAGCCCCGUCUCCAGCUUUGUCACCCAUAUCCUGGCCAGUGAUGCUGACAGCGGGUGCAAUGCACUGCUCACCUUCAACAUCACCGCAGGCAACCGAGAGCGGGCCUUCUCCAUCAAUGCUACGACAGGGAUAAUCACCGUGAACCGGCGCCUGGACCGUGAGCAGAUUGCCGAGUACAAGCUGACCAUAUCUGUGAAGGACAACCCAGAGAAUCCACGCAUUGCCAGGAGGGAUUUUGACUUCCUGCUAAUCUUUCUUGCGGAUGAGAAUGACAGCCACCCCAUGUUUACUGAGAGUGCCUACCAGGCAGAGGUGAUGGAGAACUCUCCUGCCGGGACCCCCCUCACAGUGCUCAAUGGGCCCAUCCUGGCUCUGGAUGCGGACCUGGACAUCUAUGCCGUGGUGACCUACCAGCUACUGGGCUCCCAGAGUGGCCUCUUUGAUAUCGACAACAGCACUGGCAUGGUGACAGUGAGGUCAGGUGUCAUCAUUGACCGGGAGGCCUUCUCACCCCCCAUCCUGGAGCUGCUGCUGCUGGCUGAGGACAUUGGGCUGCUCAAUGGCACAGCUGACCUGCUUGUCACCAUCCUAGACGACAAUGACAACUGGCCCACCUUUAGCCCUGCUGCCCUCACGAUCCACCUACUGGAGAACUGCCCACCUGGAUCCUCCGUCCUUCAGGUCAUGGCCACAGACGAGGACAGUGGCCUCAAUGGGGAGUUGAUCUACCGAAUAGAAGCCGGGGCUCAGGAUCGCUUCCUCAUCCACCCAGUCACUGGGGACAUCCGCGUUGGCAAUGCCACCAUCGACAGGGAGGAGCAGGAAUCCUAUAGGCUGACAGUGGUGGCCACUGACCGGGGCACCGUCCCUCUCUCGGGCACAGCCAUCAUCACUGUACUUAUUGAUGACAUCAAUGAUUCCCGCCCCGAGUUCCUCAACCCCAUCCAGACAGUGAGUGUGCUGGAGUCAGUCAAGCCGGGCACUGUCAUUGCCAAUGUCCCCGCCAUUGAUCGCGACCUUAACCCAAAGCUGGAAUACCACAUCAUCAGUAUCAUAGCCAAGGACGACACUGACCGCCUGGUGCCUGACCAGGAGGAUGCCUUUGCUGUGAAUAUCAACACAGGCUCUGUAAUGGUGAAGUCUCCCCUGAACCGGGAGCUGGUUGCCACCUAUGAGGUCACUCUCUCGGUGACUGACAAGGCCAGUGACCUACCAGAGCACUCUGUCAGCGUGCCAAAUGCCAAGCUGACAGUCAACAUUUUGGACGUCAAUGACAAUACUCCCCAGUUCAAGCCCUUUGGGAUCACCUACUACACAGAACAGAUCGUGGAGGGGGCCACGCCAGGCACCACGCUCAUUGCUGUGGCAGCCGUGGACCCUGACAAGGGCCUCAAUGGGCUGAUCACCUACACCGUGCUGGACCUGAUGCCCCCAGGCUAUGUUCAGCUGGAAGACUCCUCAGCAGGUAAGGUCAUUGCCAACCAGACAGUAGACUAUGAGCAAGUGCACUGGCUCAACUUUACCGUGAGGGCUUCAGACAAUGGGUCCCCACCCCGGGCAUCUGAGAUCCCUGUCUAUCUGGAAAUUGUGGACAUCAACGACAACAACCCCAUCUUUGACCAGCCCUCCUACCAGGAAGCUGUCUUUGAGGAUGUGCCUGUGGGCACAGUCAUCCUGGCAGUCACUGCUACAGAUGCCGACUCAGGCAACUUUGCCCUCAUUGAGUACAGCCUCAGGGAUGGAGAGGGCAAGUUUGCCAUCAACCCCACUACGGGUGACAUCUACGUGCUGUCCUCUCUGGAUCGGGAGAAGAAGGACCACUAUAUCCUGACUGCCUUGGCCAAAGACAACCCUGGAGAUGUAGCCAGCAACCGCCGAGAAAAUUCAGUGCAGGUGGUGAUCCAGGUACUGGAUGUCAAUGACUGCCGCCCACAGUUCUCCAAGCCCCAGUACAGCACAAGCGUGUAUGAGAAUGAGCCAGAGGGCACCUCGGUCUUCACCAUGAUGGCCACCGACCAGGAUGAGGGCUCCAAUGGGGAGCUGGCCUACUCACUUGAGGGCCCUGGUGCAGAGGCCUUCCACGUGGACAUGGACUCGGGCCUGGUAACCACCAAGCGGCCGCUGCAGUCCUAUGAGAGGUUCAAUCUGACUGUGGUGGCCACGGAUGGAGGACAGCCCCCACUCUGGGGCACCAGCAUGCUGCUGGUGGAGGUCAUUGAUGUCAACGAUAACCGCCCCAUCUUCGUGCGUCCGCCCAACGGCACCAUCCUCCACAUCAGAGAGGAGAUCCCGCUGCGCUCCAACGUGUACGAGGUCUACGCCACAGACAAGGACGAGGGCCUCAAUGGGGCUGUGCGCUACAGCUUUCUGAAGACUACUGGCAACCGGGACUGGGAGUACUUCACCAUCGACCCAAUCAGCGGCCUUAUCCAGACUGCACAGCGCCUGGACCGCGAGAAGCAGGCGGUGUACAGCCUUAUCCUGGUGGCCAGCGACCUGGGCCAGCCGGUGCCAUAUGAGACCAUGCAGCCGCUGCAGGUGGCCUUGGAGGACGUCGACGACAAUGAACCCCUCUUCGUGAGGCCUCCAAGAGGCAGACCCCAGUUCCAGCUGCUAACAGUGCCCGAGCACUCACCACAUGGCACCCUCGUGGGCAACGUGACAGGUGCUGUGGAUGCAGAUGUGGGCUCCAACGCCAUUGUGUACUACUUCAUCGCAGCCGGCAACGAAGAGAAGAACUUCCAUCUGCAGCCUGAUGGGCGUCUACUGGUGCUGCGGGACCUGGACCGGGAGCGUGAAGCCGUCUUCUCCUUCGUUGUCAAGGCCUCAAGCAAUCGCAGCUGGACACCUCCCCGUGAGCCCUCCCUAGCCCUUGAUCUGGUCACAGACCUCACCCUACAGGAGGUGCACGUUGUGCUAGAGGACAUCAAUGACCAGCCCCCACGCUUCACCAAGGCUGAGUACACUGCAGGUGUGGCCACUGAUGCCAAGGUGGGCUCAGAGUUGAUCCAGGUGCUGGCCCUGGACGCAGACAUUGGUAACAACAGCCUCGUCUUCUACAGCAUCCUGGCCAUCCACUACUUCCACACUCUAGCCAAUGACUCUGAGGAUGUGGGCCAGGUCUUCACCAUGGGAAGUGUGGAUGGCAUUCUGCGCACCUUUGACCUCUUCAUGGCCUACAGCCCUGGCUACUUUGUGGUGGACAUUGUGGCCCGGGACCUGGCAGGCCAUAAUGACACAGCCAUCAUAGGCAUCUAUAUCCUGAGGGAUGAUCAGCGUGUCAAGAUUGUCAUUAAUGAGAUUCCUGACCGUGUCCGUGGCUUUGAAGAGGAGUUCAUCCGCCUCCUCUCCAACAUCACUGGGGCCAUCGUCAACACUGAUGAUGUACAGUUCCACGUGGACAAGAAGGGUCGGGUGAACUUUGCACAGACAGAGCUGCUCAUCCAUGUGGUCAACCGCGAUACCAACCGCAUCCUGGACGUGGACCGGGUGAUCCAGAUGAUUGAUGAGAACAAGGAGCAGCUGCGGAAUCUUUUCCGGAACUACAACGUCCUGGACGUGCAGCCUGCCAUCUCUGUUCGGCUGCCCGAUGACAUGUCUGCCCUGCAGAUGGCGAUCAUUGUCCUGGCCAUUCUCCUCUUCCUGGCUGCCAUGCUCUUCAUCCUCAUGAACUGGUACUACAGGACCGUACACAAGAGGAAGCUCAAGGCCAUUGUGGCUGGCUCAGCAGGGAACCGGGGCUUCGUGGACAUCAUGGACAUGCCCAAUACCAACAAGUAUUCCUUCGACGGAGCCAACCCCGUGUGGCUGGAUCCUUUCUGCCGGAACCUGGAGCUGGCUGCCCAGGCAGAGCACGAGGACGACCUGCCAGAGAACCUGAGCGAGAUUGCCGACCUGUGGAACAGCCCCACCCGCACCCACGGAACAUUUGGGCGUGAACCAGCAGCGGUCAAGCCCGAUGACGACCGGUACCUUCGGGCAGCCAUUCAGGAGUAUGACAACAUUGCCAAGCUGGGCCAGAUCAUUCGGGAGGGGCCCAUCAAGGGCUCGCUGCUGAAGGUGGUCCUGGAGGAUUACCUGCGGCUCAAAAAGCUCUUUGCACAGCGGAUGGUGCAAAAAGCCUCCUCCUGCCACUCCUCCAUCUCCGAGCUGAUCCAGACUGAGCUGGAAGAGGAGCCAGGGGGGCGGAGCCCCAGCCCGGGCAGCCUGCGCUUCCGCCACAAGCCACCAACGGAGCUCAAGGGGCCCGACAGCAUCCACAUGGUUCACGGCAGCACUGGCACACUGCUGGCCACCGACCUCAACAGCCUGCCCGAGGAUGACCAGAAGGGCCUGGGUCGCUCACUGGAGACACUGACAACCGCAGAGGCCACCGCCUUCGAGCGCAACGCCCGCACAGAGUCCGCCAAAUCCACGCCCCUGCACAAGCUUCGUGAUGUGAUCAUGGAGAGCCCCCUGGAAAUCACAGAGCUAUGACCAGACAGGGAAGCCUCGCUGGUGUGAGCAGUGCCUGCCCCCUGCCGCCUCCCAGGGCAGGGGCAGGACGUUGGGGUGUGGGCCCCACCCCAGGCCAGCUCUGGGUGCAUGACCUUGAGUUGGACCAGCAGUGGCCCGUCUCAGCUGCUCAGAUUCCACUUUUGCCAGACGCUCAUUCAGCAUCUGAUCUCUAUCUUCAUAAGAUUUAUUUUUUUAGGAAAAAUCAAAAAUGUUAAGCACCUAAGGACAAGGUAAGGAGGGUCACUGGAGGCCCAGGAGUCUGACCACCAAUUCAGCCCAGGCUGAGCUGUAGGAGGCCAAGCAGGCCCUCCCCCCUCCCUCCCGGUAUGUCCCCCCCACAGACCACAGGAGCCCAGCACCGGUGUACCCUGCCGGGCCUUGACUGGCUGACUUCAGCUCAAGUCCAAAGCAUUUCUGCCACAUCCCUGGCUGAACAUCAGGUGGGGACAAUGAAUAAUCCCUGCCGCCCCACACGGACAUGGUCAAUGUCAGCAAACCACGUUCUCUACAUUUCACUGGCUUCCCAAACGUGCCCGGCUCCUUAAAGAGAAAUGACUGGUGUUCCCUUGGGUUUUGAAUGCAGAGUGCUCACGUGUAUUCCCUCAGUAUCUCCCCCUUGGUGUUGUUUAACUGGUACUCAUUGAACUACA